AUGGUCUACGUCCGUUCACGCAAGUUCUGCUGCUGUCUCCCGGUGAGAUUCGGUGUGUUCUGCGAGUCGAUCCUGGGCAUUGCCGUCGGGGGUUUCUUCGCCGUUGGUGGAUGGAUUGAGAUCCAUGCUAUGCUGAAGGGUACGCUCGGUCUCGCACAGGGCGAGAAGAUAGCGCUCUGGUGCCUUGCGGUUUCGAUGACCAUCUUCGCGCUCACAUCACUGUUGGGUCUUAUUGGCGCCAUCGGUCGGAUACGGUCUCUCGUGGGUCUCUACGCAGGCAUGAUCACAUUCGUGACCGUGCUCGACGUCGUAGCCGGCAUCUUCUUCAUCUACCAGCUCUUCCACGGCGAGGGCAACGACCAGAUCAAUAAGUGCACGGCAGCCGCAGACAACAACACCCAAGGCCUUCCCGAUUCUUCCAACGCAGCUGACGUCACGCACUGGGCUUGCAGUACUGGCUUCGCCGUGGGGCGCGCGAUCGUCGUCGUCGUCUACGUCCUGUUCUGGCUCAUUGAGAUCUACGGCUGCGUCAUUGCAUUCGAGUACGUCGGCCAGCUCGCUGAGGAGCGGGAUGCCGAGUAUCGCGACGACCACGAGAAGCCCGCACCACAGAACAUCACUAUUAUCCCGCAGCCUGCGUACGCAUUCUCGGCGGCCCCGAACGUGCAAGGCGCCAGGUUCUAA